UUAGUAUCACAGAGAAAUUAUAAAACUUAGUUAUUACAAUUUGUUCGGCGUGAUAGCACAGUUGCUUAGAAAAUUGAUCAAAUAAAUGUAACUAUAGUUGAUAUAGUUUAAAUCUAUAGUAGCGUAUCGUAUUAAAGAAAAUAAAAAUUUUUCCGUUUUGUUGAGUGUAAAUUAUUUGUUGGUCCAUUGUUACAAUAUUGUUUUGGCACGAUUUGUAUCUAAGGUAACGCAAAUUUUACCGACAUGACUACAGAAGAAGUGAUACAGAUGCAACGGUCGAUAUCAAUGCCAGUUAAGCCGAAACAUCUUGAGCCGCCACCUCUACGACGUGCGGACAAGAAAGAAGUGGUAUACGAUGACGGUUUUUAUCCCGAAAAUCCAAGUUUUCGAAAUAAAAACACAUCUGAAAAUCAUGGGAAUAGUGAGAACAAUGAUGAUUCCGUUGGAGUUAUGAGCAACUUGCCAUUUAGUUUUGAUUGGGUCGGUAGUACUAUAGAGCUCAAUAAUGAUGAAAUUAAUAAAGAUAGCCAAGAAACGCCGCCGACAUUGCGAAAACGAGUGAAUCGUGUGAUUGGGAAGAAUGGACGGGAAAAUGUCAGCUAUCGGAAAGUGCCACAGAAAUCGUGGCGUUAUAUACGUGAUUUCGUUACAACAUUAAUAGAGCUUGAUUGGAAGUAUAUGCUUACCAUGUUUUUGGGUAGCUAUUUCUUCACUUGGUUCUUUUUUGCUGGACUUUGUUAUAUGGUUGCAAUUUCUCAUGGAGAUUUAUUGUUCGAUGCCGAAACUGGACAACGUUUGGGCGAGGGCACGGCGCCUUGCAUUGUCGGUGUUUAUGACUUUACCUCAAUGCUUAUAUAUUCUAUUGAAACACAAACAACAAUCGGUUUUGGUGAAAAAUAUCCAAGCGAAGAAUGUCCUGAAACAAUAUUCCUUUUCAUAGUGCAAAUUAUAUGUUCGAUUGCAAUCGAGGGAGGCAUGAUAAGUAUUAUAUAUGCCAAAACAGCUAGACCAGCUAAGCAAAUAACCAAAUUGAAAUUUAGCGAUAAGGCCGUUAUAUGUUAUCGUGAUUUAAAUUUGUGUCUUAUAUUUAGAGUUUGUGAUUUACGUCAACAGCAGAUAAUAGAUACAAAAAUACGAUUAUAUAUGAUAGUAGAUAGACCUACACGGGAAGGCGAACUUAUCAAAACUCAUACAGAACUUAAACUCGAAGGCAAUGGGCAUCAAAUUAUUGUUUGGCCGGAAACUGUGUGCCAUAUCAUAGAUAAAACCAGUCCUUUAUAUCGUUAUAAAACUGCUAAGGACUUUAAUGCGGCUCAAUUUGAGUUAUAUGUUUCCAUUGUCGGCACCUCGCCGACAACUGCACAGGUUACUGAAGCGAGAACUUCUUAUUUGCCGCGGGAAAUAUUUUGGGGUCAAAGCUUUAUAAACUUAAUAAAUUAUGACGUUGUGAAUGAACGUUACGUUAUCGAUUAUAGCAACUUUAAUACCACCAUUUCAGUGGAUAUGGCGAAACCUUUAGAAGACGAAGCAGAUAGUGUUACAAAAAAAUUAAAUUAAAUUAUUAAAAUGUGUCUUUUAACCAAAAUAUUUUUUUAACUG